GCAAUCUCCAUCCUCACAUCCUCCACAGAGCUUCACGCAUUGCACGGGGAGCAGAGGAACCACCUCCGAGUGGCGGCGCUGAGAAAGCUAGCGCCCAAGCCCAAUCCUCCUAGCUACUCGUAGAUAGUCAUGGCGCGCUGGGCCAUUGCGAUCCACGGCGGCGCGGGCGUGGACCCGAACCUGCCGGAGAGCCGCCAGGAGGAGGCGAAGCGCGUGCUGGCGCGGUGCCUGCAGGCCGGCGUGGACCUGCUGCGCGCGGGGGCCUCGGCGCUCGACGUCGUCGAGGCCGUGGUGCGCGAGCUCGAGACGGACCCCUUCUUCAACUCCGGCCGCGGGUCCGCGCUCACCCGCCGCGGCACCGUCGAGAUGGAGGCCAGCAUCAUGGACGGCCGCGGCCGCCGCUGCGGCGCCGUGUCCGGCGUCUCCACCGUCAAGAACCCCGUCUCCCUGGCGCGCCGCGUCAUGGAAAACUCGCCGCACUCGUACCUCGCCUUCGAAGGCGCCGAGGAGUUCGCCCGCGAGCAGGGCCUUGAGACCGUGGACAACAGCUACUUCAUCACCGAGGACAACGUCGGCAUGCUCAAGCUCGCCAAGGAGGCCGGCAGCAUCCUGUUCGACUACCGGAUCCCGCUGGCCGGGACGGACACGUGCAGCGCGCUGGCUGGGGCGGACAACCACAACGGCAUGGUGAUGAACGGCCUCCCCAUCAGCAUCUACGCCCCCGAGACGGUCGGGUGCGCGGCGGUGGACUCGAGCGGCUUCACCGCGGCGGCCACCUCCACGGGCGGGCUCAUGAACAAGAUGACGGGCCGCAUCGGCGACUCGCCGCUCAUCGGCUCCGGCACCUACGCCUGCGGCGCCUGCGCCGUGUCGUGCACGGGCGAGGGCGAGGCCAUCAUCCGCUCCACGCUGGCGCGGGACGUGGCCGCCGUGAUGGAGUACAAGGGCCUGCCGCUGCAGGAGGCCGUCGACUACUGCGUCAAGGAGCGCCUGGACGAGGGCUUCGCGGGCCUCAUCGCCGUCUCCAGCACCGGCGAGGUCGCCUACGGAUUCAACUGCACCGGCAUGUUCAGGGGAUGCGCCACCGAGGACGGGUUCAUGGAGGUCGGCAUCUGGGAGUGAGCGGAGCUGGGCGUGCGUGCACACGUGGCCAUCUUGCGAUUGCCAUGUGGGUAAUUAAUCUUCUCAGCCAGGGUCGUGGGUGUUGGCUUUAGCGGUAGUGAUUGGAGCUGGGAUUAAAUAAUGAUCGUGAUUGUGAUGGUAUUGCCCUGGGAAAUAAAAUUGUGAAAAGUUAAAAUGGCUCCUGAUGAAA